AAUUGAUCACACGAUAUUUUGAAUAUAUCCUUGUUUGUUGAAGUCUUUUCGAUGACUGGUACCUCUGAUGAAUUGGAUUUUUUCAUUGAUUUGAAUUGGAUAAGAUAAUGAUCCUGUUUAUUUUACUUAACAACCUUAUUGCGAUAGUCACAGGUGCUGUCAUCAGCUUUAAUAUCAAUACAGACAGCAUCGUUGGAGAAACAGUUGUUCUACCUUGCGAAAACAAACAAGGCACUGACUUAGUUCAAUGGACUCGCCGAGACAAAAAUACUGAGAAAUCUUUUACAACUGUAUACACUGAUGGGUGGCGAAUAAAUACAGGAUUGAGGCAUCACGAACGACUGAUGAUUAUUGGUUCGAGAGGUGGACAAGAUUAUGGAUUACAAAUAUCUAAUGUAACAAUGUUGGAUUCUGGGUUAUACAGAUGUGCAGUAGAUACCACAACUAAUUUGACUUAUUAUUUGGUUACUUUAAAAGUUGAAGAUAAAUUUGAGGACCUGAGAAGCCAUUCUGUAUAUACCGUAAAUAAUACAACAUUUCCAUUUAUGAAGAACACAGAAGAUACCAGAUUCUUUUUUUCAAUUCCAAUUGUAUUCAUCCUGUCGAUACCGCCAAUGAUUAUUGUGAUUGUUCUAGCAUUGAUUGCAGCAAUUAUUCUAUUUCAAACAAGACGCAAGAACAAAGUAUCAUCUUCACUAGUGAAUAAUCAUCCGGCCGAUAUUGAAGAAGACCAGCAAAAUGAUCAUUAUUAUGAUAAGGUCGAUUACGAGGAGAUGUCUUGCAAAGUUCAAAACAACUCUCUUAAUAUUGAACCAUAUUACCACUACCCCGAUUCAGGAAAUGUCGAAGUGAUAUUGGAGAAUCAGGAAAACCCUUUGACAGGGCCACCCCAGGAAAUCUACAGUAAUGACCAAGCAAACUUUUCCGAACUUACCAACGACUAUUCUAAUGUGAGCAAUCUUUAUCAACCCCUUACUGAACAUACUGAACAUUGGGGACUUUACUCCCAUACAUAUGUGCAAUGUCCACCAUUUCAAACUGGGAAUCAUUACCACAACAUGUACAACAUUGCUGACCUAAGUCAAAUGGGUAAUUUGUAGCAACUUCUUUUGACGAAAUAGAAGAAUUAAACAUUAUUAUAUAUUGCUGAUACACAAUUAGUAUUUUAGAUGUACAUAUAACAUGCAUAAUAUUGGGAGCAGCUUUUCGUUAACUUUCUUUUUACUUUUGUGAUUUGAAACAAUUGUUAUUUCAAUUAUUAUUUUAUUAUUGGUAUAUUGGU